AUGCGAUUACCCACUAGCCACGUUCAAAAGCUUCAACGAGGAGAAGAACUCGGAGGUGGCGGGCACGAGCAGCUCUCGCCACUUCGCCAUCACAACAACCAGUCCCCUAAGAAAUCUGGCAUCAUGGCCAUCGGCAGCCGCGACCGGACUGCGGUCUUGCACCCAACACCUGAAGCCCUGCCACAGCCAGAUUUUCUAACCUAUGAACCCGAACCCGAUAUACCUGGAGUUGCGUCUCAAAAACGUGCUGCUCAAUUCUAUAAUUGGUCGCAAAUGAUGCCCAAGUUGGUUCAAGAUUUGCUGGAGAUUCAACACAAGACUGAAUCCCUACGCUAUAUUGAACGGCUUUCCGCUCCCGUUCGUCACUGCCCCUGCAAUAAGAGAGUGUUGAAGGUGACUCUGAUACAAUUUAACGACAUCAGCGAAACCACGCUCCAGCUCUGCACCUGCAGCAACGCGGCUGCCCCGAGGCAACUACUUCGAGCUGGAUUCUUUGCUUGCAGUCCGUGUAAUCCAACACUCGCCGUCGACAUCACUCUGCUUGACUUUGUGCGAAACCUGUUUCUGCACAUUUCUCCCAACAACACAGCCUUUUGCCGUGCGCUUGAAGGGACACUGGCUGAACGAGGGCUAAGGCUCUUUAGCGGUGAACUUCGCCUUCGAUUCAACAACGCCCUACAAUGGUAUACUCAGGUCGUAGUAAUGGCGCGGAAACACGUCGACAAUGCUCUUGUUGCUGCUCGUACACUCGCCCGAGAUGCACACGAUGCAGACACGGAGGCGCUGGUCCAAACAAGUGACGAGCGAGAGGAAAUGGCCCCAGAGAUGCCCCACCCACAAGAAAAUCAACGUGUCUUCGUGCUGGAUCUCCAACUUGCACACAAUACCCAGAGAACAUUGCAAUCUCUGGGCUCCUGGCUUCAACGCCGAACCCUUCAUUGCGAGGCAAGCCUUCGAGAGGCGGAGAAGGCGCUGGAGGCCUGCCCGCUAUCGGAGGCAGAGCUUCUGGCCAAAUGGCAGGAACAGGUGGCAUUUCAAACCCAGCCCAUUUCACGUCGGUCCAAAAACCAAGGGCAGCAAACAAUCAAUGCUGUCUUUGCCGCAGAACGCAGUAUCGAAACGCUGAGCAGCAAGAUUAGAAAGCUGGAGCUCUCUCUGGCCGAAUUGACGGGGGACCAAGCUCUAGCACAGCAGGAGCGUCUUGCCGAGCUCGAGAGCGCCCUCCGCAAGGUCAAGAAGAACAAGCGGAAGAACGAGAACAAGCUAGGGACUGGCGACACGGCAACACUGAAGCUGCUUCGCUACAAGGAGUACUUCUCCGAGGUCGUGAAUGCCUCUACUGGGCAUGAGCGGAUUCUCCAGAAGUUUCGCGCUCGCAAGAUGGAGUUCGACCCCAUUGAGCGUUCAGUGCGACGCUCCAGCAGCGAGUGGGCAGCUCUUGGAGAAGCUUUGGCUAAUUGUAACGAAGAGCCCUUGGGUUAUCAGCUUCUCUGUCGGCGUGAAUUCCUCCUCGAUCUAUUAUUGAAGUGGAAGCGCUUACUCGACUCGUUGGUCGUGCCACCUGGUGUCCCAGACUGGGGUCCAUCAAGUGAUGCGAUCUUGAGAGCGCGAUUAGCAAGGCUCCCUCCAGCAGAAACCGAGGAUGGAGGUUCAGAUUCAGGGAGUGAAGGAGUCUUGGAGGAAGAUGCGGAAGAUGAUCCAGCACUCAUUCCAGUUCUGAGCCUGUUGGAUCGGGGAGUUGUAGAAGAAGAUGGGGAAGCUGGAGGAGAAGAAGAUGACAAUGACUUUUUUAUUACCUGA